AUGUCUAAUUCGUGGAUGAUUGCGGGUGAUUUCAAUGACAUUGCAAGCGUAACAGAAAAGAAAGGAGGAGCCUCAAUGUCAAAUAGGAAAUGUAAUAUUUUCAUAGAUUGUAUUACUAAUUUUAACCUAAUGGACAUAGGGACAACUGGCCCAAAAUUCACUUGGAGAGGGUCAAUUUACCAUAGUGGGCAAAGAAUCUAUGAGAAACUCGAUAGAGCCCUUUGCAAUGAGGAUUGUCGUAUGAAGUUCCCAGAUGCCCAUGUGAAGGUCUUAACUAGAGUUAACUUCUCAAAUCAUCAUCCAUUACUUGUCAUGUUAGACAGUCAGCAUAAUUAUGGUGGGCAGAGACAAUUCAUGUUUGAAAGUGAUUGGCUUCUCAAUGGCACCUACCAUGAUAUGAUAAGGGUUUUAUGGAAAGAAGACAUUUGUUUGGAGGAAAAUCUUUCAAAAGUCAGGAACGACAUAAAGGAUUAG